UCUCUUUCAGCCGGGGAUGGGUUGUGACUUGAACUAAAUAUUCAAAAUGGCGGACAGAGGAUCAGCGAGUCAAGAAGAGCGACCGAGAGCAGAUUCUACAAGCUCUCAAACAGAACGUAAACCUGCCAUGGAGAACGGAAUGCACGUCCAAAUUGCUGAAAUGAACAGGACGGACUUGCAGCAGAAGCUAAACGGACAAGCAAGUGCAAUCAGCAACAUGCAGGCUCAAGCCUUGCUUCAGCAGUUGAAUCUGAGUCCAGUGCAGCAGCAGCAGUUCUUCUUGCAGCAGGCUCAACAGCUCCUGGCCGCCGCCGUGCAUCAGCAGUCAGUGGGUCAGCAGAGCAGCACCACCGGCGCCAACAUCUCUGCUUCUGCUGCUACACCCAUUACCCAGAUACCCAUCUCACAGCCCAUCCAGAUCGCAUCACAGUUGCAGCCCGCUGGCCUUAACCUGCAGCAGUUUGUGUUGGUGCAGCCUGGACAGCUUCAGUCUGCGCAGUUCAUCCUCUCCCCUUCACCUCAAGGCCAGACUGGCCUUCUUCAAGCCCAGAAUCUUUUGACACAACUACCUCAAAGUCAAGCCCAUGUCCUGCAGUCUCUGCCAAGCAUUGCUCUCACUACACAGGCGGCAAUACCUACACGGAAGAUAGCUGCCAUGCCAGCUCCGGCCCCGGUCACACCCAAGCGGUCGGAUUUUCCUCCGUCUGAGGAAGCUCAUGAACUGGAGGAGCUGGAGCAGUUUGCCAAGACCUUUAAACAGAGGAGAAUUAAACUGGGCUUUACUCAGGGAGACGUGGGCUUGGCCAUGGGAAAGCUUCACGGCAACGACUUCAGCCAGACCACCAUCUCUCGCUUUGAGGCCUUGAACCUGAGCUUCAAAAACAUGUGCAAGCUCAAACCCUUGCUGGAGAAGUGGCUUAAUGAUGCUGAGAACAUGACCUCGGACUCCACAGGUUCCAGUCCCGGUGACCUGUCCCCUGGCCUGUGCGAAGGCCUGAACCGCCGCCGCAAGAAAAGAACCAGCAUCGACACCAACAUUCGCAUCGCGCUGGAAAAGAGCUUCCUGGAGCAAAGCCAUAAGCCGACCUCCGAAGAGAUCACGCUCAUCGCUGAUCAGCUCAACAUGGAGAAAGAGGUGGUGAGGGUUUGGUUCUGUAACCGACGGCAGAAAGAAAAGAGGAUCAACCCUCCCAGCAGCGUCUCCAGCACGCCCAUCAAAACCAUCUUUUCCAACUCGACUCCAGGGGUGUCCAGCGCAUCCAACACUCUGACGGUCAACUCGGCGCUCGCUCUAAAUGCUGCCUCCGUUCCCAGCCUCGCACUCACUGGUGCAACUCUAGGACCAGUCACAUCGAACACCGCCACCGUCAUCUCUCUGGCGCCUGCUGUUGCCACUCCAGCCACGGCCGUGAUGUCGCCGUCUCUUUUAUCGGCUGCCACCACUGUGACCAGCUCGAAGCAGGAUCUGGUCUCCUCAAGCGAAAGCGGUCACGCUGUAGCGACAUCGACCGCACAUGGAACGGGGCAGCUCGUGGUGACUCCGACCGGACUGGGAGGAGCCAACCUGGCAGCCAUGGCAGCAGUGGCAGGACUGAACCCAGGGAUCAUUUCGCCUUCACAGCUAACUCAGGGGGGCGCGCUGCUCAGUUUGGCCCCGGCGGCUCUCGGUAACGCUCUGACUCCCACAGCGCUGAUGAGCAACACCGCACUGGCUACGUUUCAGGCUCUGACCUCGGGAGGGGCGUUACCCAUAACCUCCAUCGACGGAAGCAACAUGCUGUUCGCCAACACUGGCGCCGGAGGUUCGGUGUCCAGCCUGAUGACCACUCCUCUUAUUUUCAACACCUCAGGUCUGUCACUGUUCCCCACCAGCAUGCUUGCGGCCGGAGGAGCCGGGGGCGGAGCUCUCAACCUACAGGUGACCGGCGACGCGGCGCUGAGCGCCAUGGCUUCGAUCAAAAGCAUUACGGUGGCCUCCAAGGCUCAAUAAAAGCUCGGCUUCUUCUCUCGUU